GCCUCACACCACCGGAGACCGGAGAGACUAGAGACCGGAGACCGGAGAGACUAGAGACCGGAGACCGGAGACCGGAGACUAGAGACCGGAGACCGGAGACCGGAGACUAGAGACCGGAGACCGGAGACCGGAGACUAGAGACCGGAGACCGGAGAGACUAGAGACCGGAGACCGGAGACCGGAGACCGGAGACUAGAGACCGGCGGCCCACAGGAACGGACGUUUGGUGAUGAUGAUGAUGAUGAUGAUGAUGAUGAAGACGUUUCUUCUUUUCGGUGGUCAUGUGACUUCUGGUGGCGUACGGCCCGUGGGCGGCGAGCGAGCUCCCGGCGGUCAGCAGGUGUGAGCGAGGCAUCAUGGGAGACGGAGGCCCCCUGCAGACGGAGGGGAACGCCCUCCUGAAGGCCGUCUUCCAGGGCAAGCUGAGGCUGACCCGCCUGCUGCUGGAGGGCGGAGCUUACAUCAACGAGGGCAACGAGCGCGGGGAGACACCGAUCUCCGCCGCCUGCCUGGCGAGCUACGACGACGCCCCGACCCGGCAGAGGAUGGUCAGGUACCUGCUGGAGAAAGGCGCCGACCCCAACAUCCCCGACAAGAGCGGCAGAACAGCGCUGAUGCACGCCUGCGCCGAGCAGGCGGGGAAGGAGGUGGUCUCGCUCCUGCUGGAGAACGGAGCCGACCCCAGCCUCAAAGACUACUCCGGCUCCUCCGCGCUGGUCCACGCCAUCAACCGGGGCGACCGCGACACGCUGCAGGUGCUGCUGGACGCCUGCAAGGCCAAAGGGAAGGAGGUGAUCAUCAUCACCACCGACACGUCUCCGUCCGGCACCAAGAAGACCAAACAGUACCUCAACUCGCCACCCUCGCCGGGCAUCGUGGACAAACUGUCCCCGGCCUGCAUGUCUCCGUCAGAGGUCGAGAUCGGCACCUCCUCGCCGGCGGCGGGAGACGAGGGCCGAGACGAGGAGGAGAGCAUCUUCAGCUUCGCUCUCACUUCGGCUUUACCGUUACCGUCGGCCCGGCCGCCGGGAGAGAAGAGGCCGCCGCCGCCACGCAAGCUGCUGAAGAGGCUGAACUCGGAGCCCUGGGGGCUGGUGGCGCCCUCCGUGCUGAGCGCCGUUCCCCCGGAGAGGGUCGGCGGCGGCCUGCAGGAGGAAGGGGAUCUGAGCCGGACCAUCACGGAGAUCAACGGCCUGACGAUCACUGAACCGGCGAGACCUCUGUUGUCACGGCGACACAGCAUCGAGACCCACGACCCCUGCUCCCCGAAACUCAUCGACCGGUCCUGCUCCGAGGACUACGCGGCCCUGUCCGGUUCCUCCUGGGCCGAUAAGGUCCAGCAGCACCAGAUCCUGUACCGCAGGAACACGGCUCCAGAGUCCCAGGAGAACGCCGGCGGACCCGGGGCACUCGCCGCCGCGCGGGCGCUCGCUCACCCCAAACUGACCCGCAUGGAGCACUACGAGUCGGACACCCAUCUGAGUCCGGAGUCCAUCCCUGGAUCUCCAGACUCGGGCCGGGUGUCGGUGGAGCGGAGGAGGUACAACGCCUCGCCGCUGUCCCUGGUCACCAGCUCGUCCCGGGAGUCUCUGGAGAACAUCCCCAGCUCGGUGUCGCCUGUCACCGUGCGCCGCCGCCCGCCGGGGCUGCUGGAGCGCCGCGGCUCAGGGACGCUGCUGCUGGACCACAUCUCCCACACCCGGCCCGGCUUCCUGCCGCCGCUCAACAUCAACCCACAGAGACCUAUCCCCGACAUCCGGGCCAACGGCAAGCCCACCUCGCCGGUCCACUCCGGGGGCCACAAGAUCCUGGUCCCCGUGGCGCCCGCCUCGCCGAAACGCGGCCCCGACUUCAAGAUGAAGAAGAAGCUUAUGAGGAGACACUCGAUGCAGACGGAGCAGAUGAAGCAGCUCUCCACCUUCCAGGAGAUCCUCGCCGAGAAGGUCAUCGAGUCCAACGGGGAUUGAUGACAGGAGGGCGGGAGCAAAGCAUGCUGGGUAGCUGCAGAGACUCUCACGGCGGGGGCGAUUUACUGUGAAGCGUCUCCAUCAGAUCAUCACCUCACUGAAGAACUCGUCUCAGACCUCCGACCGCCGCACCGACCAGCAAGUUUACCAACCACUUGAGCCACGAUCGAGUUUUAAACCAACAAAGUAACAAACAGUUGGUUUAAAAGCAGAUGGUUUUAAACUGGAUCAGACUAGUUUAAACUGGAUCAGACUGUUUUAAACGGGAUCAGACUAGUUUAAACUGGAUCAGACUAUUUUAAAACUGGAUCAGACUGUUUUAAAACUGGAUCAGACUAGUUUAAACUGGAUCAGACUAGUUUAAACUGAAUCAGACUGUUUUAAGCUGGAUCACACUGGUUUAAACUGGAUCAGAAUGGCUUAAAAUGGAUCAGACUGGUUUUAAACUUGAUCAGACUGGUUUUAAACUAGAUCAGACUGGUUUUAAACUGGAUAAGACUAGUUUAAACGGGACCAGACUGGUUUUGAACUGGAUCAGACUGGUUUAACAGGAUCAGGCUAGUUUAAACUGGAUCAGACUGGUUUUAAACUGAACCGUGGACGUGUCGAGGGACUCUGAGUUCAUGUUGACUUGUUUACAGGAGGAUCCUUUAACUCAAAGGGUCCCGGUCUGGGUGCAGGUCUCUGCAGGUCUCUGCAGGUCCCUGCAGGUCCAGUUUACAGAACUUUCCUGAUGCUUCCUCUGCUGAUCGCUUCAGUCUCAAACUGAAGACGUUCGAUGUUUACAGACGCUCGAUUUGCACUGAAGUCCACAACACGAACCGUCCGCCGGCCUGAAGUCGACCUGAGGACCUGCAGGUGGACUCGUGGUCUCCAUGAAUGAAGCUAACAUGUUUGUUUUAUUGGUUUAAACUACCUGCUGCGCUGUACGUACUGUAAUUAUCUAUAAUGUGACGUUUCCGUGGUAACGAGCUGAACCAGCGUGUCCAUGUUGCAGCUCAGAGGGACGCCAACUUUAAUCAAACGUGGUUUUCUUGUUUAUGAAAUUCCAAAGAAGUCGUGCAGACGAUUUGAACCAAAACCUGCUGAGACUGUAAAUAC